AUGCGUGUUCGAAAGAGGCAAAGUGGCUUACCUGCCUCAACUGCUAAGUGAUUUUGUCAGGAAUUGCAUAAGCGGUUUUGAUUACAUUUGAAAAGGACUCAAUUGAAAGGAUGAAAGACUAGGCUCCACAGAGAGCAAGUAGUAAAGAAGUGAGAGUCUCUUCUGUCGAAAAAAACUCAAUCUGAACGGGCUAAGCAGGGUUUGUAA